AUGGCUAACAUUGGUGGUUAUGUUAACCUACUAAAGAGUCAAACGUCAGUUGACCUUGAAUCACCCGAACAACUAUGGUUCGGUGCCGAAGGUCCUGAUGAGCCUUGCGAGCCUAGUGAGCCUAGUGUGAAGGAGAGGAGGAAAUGGUCUCCUAAAGAAGAUAAAAUCCUCAUCGGCGCUUGGCUUAACACAAGCAAAGACCCUAUCAUCAGCAACGAGCAGAAAGCCGGUGCGUUCUGGAAGAGGAUUGUAGAGUACUACAAUGCAAGCCCUCUUCUCGUUGGGAGUACACCUAGGGAGCUUGGUCAGUGCAAGCAGAGGUGGUCUAGGAUUAAUGGGGAUGUCUGCAAAUUUGUAGGAUGCUUUGAAACGGCUCUGAGGCAGCAGAGAAGUGGUCAAAACGACGAUGAUGUGAUGAAAGCAGCCCAUGACAUAUUCUUCAACGAUCAGGGAACCAAAUUCAUCCUGGAUCACUGCUGGAGAGAGCUAAGGUAUGACCAGAAAUGGUGCACCAACUUUGUGCCUAAAGACGGUGUGAAGGCAAAGCGCAAACAAGUUGCGGAGGGUGUACCUGGAGAAGAGGAAGUGCGAGAACCUGAAGCUAGACCAAUGGGUGUGAAGGCUGCUAAGGCUGCUAAAGCUGCUGGUAAAAGGAAGAUGAGCGCUAGAGAAGAGGAGUUGGCUAAGCUACAGGGCGUUGAAGUCACGGAUGGUCAAGUCACGGGUUAUCAAGUCACGGGUUAUCAAGUCACGGGUUAUCAUCAAGUCACGGGUGUAGGAAGUGUUGUUGCUUAG